AUGUCCAGAUUCCCAGAAACGAAAGAAGCUAUUGUUGAGGUCCCUUCAACAAUAGCAACCUCUCUCAACGAUACUACCAAUGAGAACUCGAAUAAACUAUCAACAACUCACUCCUGGCGAUUUUGGUUCAUCUUCUUAGCGCUAUGCCUCAUCUCUUUUGUAUGUAGUAUAGAUACAACUAUUGUUGUGACAGCGCUGCCCACAAUUACGAGAGAAAUUGGAGGCGAAGAGCAAUACAUAUGGAUCGCCAAUUCAUUCGUUUUUGCGUCAACUGCACCUCAACCUCUCUUCGCUCAUAUUUCCAAUAUUCUGGGAAGACGCAAUCCAUUUCUUUUCGCUAUUUGCCUCUUUGCUUUUGGAAGCGGUCUUGCUGGCGGUGCCACAACUCCAGCUAUGCUCAUUGCCGGACGAACAAUACAAGGAGUUGGCGCAGGGGGCUGUUAUGUACUUCUUGAUGUUGUACUUUGCGACAUAGUGCCUCUCCGCCAAAGAGGCAAGUAUCUCGGUAUCAUGCUCGGGACUUCAGCGAUUGGGGUAACUAUAGGACCUCUCAUAGUUGGAGCUUUUGCCCAAGCCAGUUGGCAUUGGAUAUUCUACCUGAAUCUACCCUUCUCGGGCCUCUCUUUAGCUUUCGUUUUCGGUUUACUAAGCAUGCGUUGGAAACGGAGCGCAUCAUGGAAGCAUGCUCUGAAACGAGUUGACUUUCUUGGUAACGCAAUUCUCAUCCCAUCGAUCGUGGCGGUCAUGUUUGGUCUAACAUUUGGCGGUAUUCAUUACCCGUGGAACUCCUAUCACAUCAUUGUUCCGCUUGUCUUAGGUCUCGCCGGAUGGAUUCUCUUUCAUCUUUACCAGGCAUCAUCAUUUUGCAAGAAGCCUAGUGUCCCUCCGCGUAUACUCAGCAAUCGAACGUCCGUCGUCGGCUACUUUCUCGUAUCUGUAUCUGGUCUCUUGCUUGAAUCGAUCGGGUUUUUCAUGCCAGUAUACUUUCAAGCUGUAUUCGGAUCAAGCCCUUUAAAGUCUGGUAUCCAACUACUUCCCACCACAAUCACCGUUGUUCCUUUCGGGAUUGCUGCGGGGAUUAUUAUGUCGAAAACCGGCUUGUAUCGUCCUUUGCACUGGGUCGGUAUGGGCCUCGCUAGCAUUGGUGCUGGACUCCUCUCAACUCUGACAAUGAAUUCAAAUAAAGCUUCAUGGAUCUGUUUCCAGAUGAUCAUGGCAAGUGGCGCUGGUAUGAUCGCUGCAUCAACAUUACCUCCUAUACUCGCCGCAUUACCAGAGUCAGACGUUGCGACUGCCAGUGGAAUGUACUCUUUCUUGCGAUCAUUCGGGUACAUAUGGGGCGUAACAGUUCCGUCAAUCGUAUUCAACGGCCAAUUUCAAAAAUAUGCCCAUCAGAUUGGCGACGCAAAAAUCCCAGCGCAGCUGGCGAAUGGUGCGGCAUAUGCUUACGAGAGUGGAGGUUACAUUGCGACAUUGCCUCCGGGAGUAAAAGAGAGGGUGAUCGGGAUAUAUAUUGAUGCGUUAAAGACAGUGUGGCAGGUUAGCAUUGCUUUCGCGUGCAUCGGAUUUUUGCGUGUUUUUGCGUGUUUUUGCAGAAAAGCACCUGGAAUUGAGGAAGGAGCUUGA